AUGGUUGGACAUCCUACAGGAGCAGAACUCGUGCGCAUCCUCAGUGAACAUUCGAUACUCGUCACCGGUGUCGUUGCGGGCGUCAUACUCGCUUCAAUCACACGCUAUCUCCAGAGUCCUUGGCGAAAGGUUCCUCCCGGGCCGCCAGGAUUACCUAUCAUCGGCAAUGCCCUUCAGUUGGCGGGGGAUCAGUGGGUCCAGUUCAGCGCGUGGAGGCGCGACUAUGGCGACAUCAUAUACCUCAGGGCGAUGGGACAGUCCAUCAUCGUCCUCAAUAACCCCACUAUCGCAGUCGAACUACUCGAGCGCCGCGCCGGUGUAUACUCAGAUCGUCCGACAUGUAUCGUUGGUCAGGAGAUGUUGAGUGGUGGUCUCAUGUUUGUGGGUCAACGCUAUGGAGAAAGGUGGAGACGUAUGCGCAAGGCCGCGCACGAGGCUCUAAACAAGGUCGUGGCGUACGGUCUGAACGAGUACCAACUUGAAGAGGCCGUCGUGCUCGUCCGCAAUACGAUGCGGAACGCGGCUGGUUGGGACACGUUCAUUCGCAAUGCUACUGCGAGUGCGCUACUUCGCGGCGUGUACGAUGAGUUGCCGGCAUCGAAGGAGCACGACAUCCGUGUGAAGCAGGUCAACGAGUUUGCCGAGAUCGCCACCUCGGCCGCCGCACCCGGGGCGUAUUGGGUUGAGUUCAUGCCCUGGAUGCGGCACAUACCAAGUGCUAUUGCUCCUUGGAAGCGUAGGAUAGAAGAGCAUUAUCGGUACUACAAUGCACUUUUCGAGGGCUUCUUCAGCCGCGUGCAAGACGGCAUAAAUCAUGGCUCCGACGGAGCGUCAUUCGCAGCUACGCUGAUUCACGACAGCGUUCGUUACCGUCUAGAUGCUCAGGAAAACCUGUGGCUGGCUGCUUCGAUAUACUCAGCAGGUUCUGACACUACGCGCGUGACGUUAAGCUGGUGCUCACUGGCCAUGCUCCUUCACCCUGAAACGCAAAAGCGCGCCCAGGAUGAAUUGGAUGCCGUAGUCGGUCGUUUGCGAAUACCAACGUUCGACGAUAUGCCUCGACUUCCGUAUAUCCACGCUAUCGCCAAAGAGGUUAUUCGUUGGCGCUCCGCAACUCCCAUCGGGGUACCACACCGAAGUACGCAGGAUGAUUACUACGCGGGAUUCUUCAUUCCCAAGGAUACGGUCGUCAUCCCGAACGUCUGGGAGAUGAACCGUGAUCCCGCAACCUUCGGUGACGAUGCUCACCUCUUCAACCCCGACCGCUAUCUCGACGAGCAAGGCCAACUACUGUCCACAUUCCCUGGCUCCAAGGACGACGGCCACUACUCGUUUGGUUUCGGGAGGCGGGUUUGCAUUGGAAAGCAUGUGGCGAACAAUACCCUCCUCAUCGAUAUUGCGAUCUCUCUAUGGGCCUUCUCGUUUGUGAACGUUGAGGGUCAGAUUCUCGACCCGGACAGCUACGUCAACGAGGGUCUCAUCGUUGCACCCAAACAUUACGAAGUCGAUGUACAGCCUCGCUUUCCGGAAGCACUCGUUGUGCUUUCUCAGGAAUGCGAGCUUCGUGGACGGUGA